UCUAAAAAUAUGAGACGAUAUGAUUUUUCUGAUACAUGUUUUAAAAUUUUUACUUGGCAUUGUGUUAGACCCGCAAUACAGGUCACCUAUCAAAGACGCAAGGGUAGAAGAUGAAAUACACAGGGAGAAUAAGCCACAUGCACGGUUACAUGAUAUGGUUGGGGGAAUAGUCUAGAAGCAAAACAGCCUAUAAAUAAGAGAAGAAAUUGGCAACUGGGGGAGGAGAAUUUGGCAUUCAACAGGAGAGUGGUGAACCUCUCGAAUGUUCACAGCUAUAUCUUGUUAUUUUCUUCAGUUCUUGUGUAUUUUUUAUUUAAUCGUCCCAUGACAAAACUUCACUGAGUGUAAUUCUAGUUAGUUAAUGAAAUUCAGCAUUCAAUUAUCUCAAAAAGUGUGAUAGAUAAUUUGUUAUUAUCCCAGGUUUCUAUCAUUUGGUAUCAGAGCAAACCGAUCCUGAUGAUGAACUUAACAGAUCAAGUGGGAAGUUUAGAAGGAUCUCAAUAGAAAUUACAGGAGCAAAUGGAAGGAAUGCAAAUGGGAAUGGAGAAAGUGCAGAUGGAGUUGCAACGGGUACAGAAUAUUGAAAAAAAUAUGGCCAUCAUUUCCGAACAAUUCACCUUCAUGAGGACAAGAUGGGAGGAGGCUGAACGAGAAAGGAAAGGCAAAGGACAAGCAGGAGCGAAGGACUCAGAAUACACUGGGCAAUCUGAGGUUUCUCCGGAUAUGGGGAUGAAUGGCAGAGAAAGGGGUUAUGCAACCGGUGGGAGCUGGAAAACAGAAAUCAAGGGGAGGAGGUUGGAGAUGCCGGUGUUCAUGGGAAACAAUCCGGAUGAAUGGAUCUUCAAGGCUGAACGAUAUUUCACUGUGAAUCACUUAACGGAGUUGGAGAAUUUAGAAACGGCCGGUUUGUGUUUUGAAGAAGGAGCACUGUCUUGGUAUCAAUGGGAACAAAAACGGAGAGGUGUGCGUAGUUGGGAAGAGCUCAAAGGACUCUUGCGAGCUCGCGUCAGAUCGACGCUGGAAGGUACCACGGAGGAACGAUUCCUGGCCCUCCGACAAGAGGGUUCGGUGAUGAAUUACAGGCACUCAUUCGAGACACUAGCAACUCCAAUCUGUGAUGUUUCUGAGGCCAUACUAGAAGGCCACUUCAUAAAUGAGCUGAGCCCAGAAAUUAAGGCCGAAGUCAGGAUGUUACAGCCCAAAGGGCUUGAGCAGAUUAUGGAACUGGCCCAAAGAAUUGAAGAGAAGAACAAGGCCCCGCAAGCCUAUGCUACUGGAUCUGGCCCAUUAAGAAGUAAAUUAAAUCCUAACCCAAAUGGGUACCCUCUGUCUUCCAGAAAUCAGUCGAACACUCUCUAG